UGCAUGGCACAUACGCACACAGACCGCCAGUUUUGGAGACACUGUAGUACUGUACUUUUCCCGCGUAGUCCGGAUAAAAACGCACUUGCCAAUUGUUACAAAUAUUUUAUGUGAAGAGAUUAACGCAGAGAUUAGGUGACAGUUGAAUUCAUGUCAGGAUAAACUCGAUAAACUCUGAAGCUCCUCAGGCUAGCUUAGCUUGCUGGCUGCUAACAAAGAGACCCGGAAGUUAUCAACACAUCGCUAAGCCGAGAUCAAGUGUGAGUGUAAAGUGUCGUGAUUGUGUGAAAAUGUGUAAAAUACAAAUGCUGAGAGCGCUGGUGAAUCAGCGACUAAGCGCGGCUGUUGAAGAAAUAUUUGGAGUGUUAGAAAGAACGAUAGCAGAGUACGAGGAGGAACUUUGUCGAACAAAAGAGGAGAACGAGCGACAACGUCAACUACUGGACGCUGUUUUCAGGGAGCCUCGAAUUGUGUUACACAGAGCAGAUGUUAGUCAAGAACAUCUUCCCCUUGAGCAGCAGGAGUGGAAUUCCAGGAUGGAACAGGAAAAGCCACAGCCCCUCGUGAUUAAAGCGGAAGAAGAGGAGCAACAGCCCCUCAACAUUAAAGAGGAAGAGGAGGAUUGCAGCAUCAGUCAAGAGGGAGAUCAUCUUGAAGGACUGGAGGAGUUCCCAGUGAUUGGUGUUCCUGUGAAGAGUGAAGAUGAUGAAGACAAAGGUCAAAGUGAGGAGAAGAGAGAGGUGGAGCCUCCAAGCAGCAGCUCCACUCAUCACAUGACAACAGAAGCUGAUGGAGACCACUGUGGAGGAUCACAAGCAGACAACCUCUUAGCUCCACUAUCAGAUAGUGACGACAUAACGUCACACUCUCCUGACACUGAUGAUGAAGACUCUGAAGCUGAUAUGACAUGUCACACUGACAACACACGCUGGAAAUGCUCUCAAUGUGACAAAACUUUUGGUACCAAGGGAAAUCUGACCAGACACAUGAAACAUCACACAGGAGAGAAACCUUAUCCUUGCACGAUGUGUGGUAAAAGAUUCAGUCAAAAAGGUGAUUUAAUAGCACACACCAGAAUACACACAGGAGAGAAACCUUAUCCUUGCACAAUGUGCGGUAAAAGAUUCAAUCAAAAAGGUGAGUUAAACACACACACAAGAAUACACACUGGAGAGAAACCAUUUCUUUGCACGGUGUGUGGUAAAAGAUUCAAUCACGUAGGUGUUUUAAAUAGGCACUCAAGAAUACACACUGGAGAGAAACCUUAUCCUUGCAGCGUGUGUGGUAAAAGAUUCAUUCAAAAAGUUGAGUUAAACGCACACACAAGAAUACACACUGGAGAGAAACCAUUUUCCUGCGCUGUUUGUGGCGCAAGAUUCGCUUGGGAGUCAAAUUUGAAAGUACACACAAGAACACACACUCGAGAAAUUGUUCAGUGUGUGGUCAGCGAUUCACAAAUAGUGAAAACUUGACUGAACACAAAAGAAUCCACUCUGGGGAGUGACUUCAGCAUUUUUGAAAAUAUGGGAAGUAUGAAUAAACAGGACAGUAUUACUGUUUAAAAAACUACAGUUGUGCAAGAGAAUGACUUCUUACGUUGUUAAAUGACAUUAUAAUGAAAUGUUUGCAAUGUGUGAUGGAAACCUUAUAUUUUACCAUUGGGCCAAUUGAUUUGAACAAAUAGAGUAUUUCUGCUAGUACGUUAAUGUCAGACUAAUUUACUAGAAGAACAAUCUAUGCUUUGUUAUGACUAUUUGCUUCAGGCUAGAGACCUCCUGUCUCCAAAAACAAUGGGCUUCAUUCAUGAAACGUUCUUUCGCACAAAUGUGUUCUUAAAGCCUUCUUACGAAGAUUUUUGGCAUUCAUGAAACGUGUUCUCAACUCACAGUUCUUAGAUGUAAGAACAAAUUCUACGAACGCUCAGGAGGACUCUUACGCACAAGCAAAGCUUGCACUUUCAAUGCGCAAUCGCCCUCAUGAUGGAUUUUGCAACCUGAUCCCAAAAAAUGUAGUGCAAAUAAAAUAUCCCAACAAUUAUUUAUCAUCAAAACAACUAAAAUAUACUCCAUGGAUAAAUAUAUAUUCAAAUCCCAAUUCAUCAAAAAAAAGUAGCUGGCUGGACGUGCGCUGCACAGAGAGAGAAUGUAAAGGGACCAUUAGAUUUAUUUGCUUCAGGCUUCCCUCUCUGUUCUUGCAGGUGUGCAGGAUCAUCAGAAUAACAUCGCAAUGAAACGUGGUGUGCCUAUUGCGCACGUAGCACCCCCAGAUAACGACAUGCGCCCCCAGCCACGUCUUGAGCCAGAGCACGGGGCUGCUGUAUUAAUUAGGCAGCGUCUCAUCAAAUGUAACCACAGAAAAAAUCAAUUGUCACACACAAACUAUGUAUUUUGACUUUAUUUUUCCAUCAUGAUUGUGUAAAUAUUUUCUAGAGUUUCUGAAAUGGUUUGGUUUCUGAUUGAUGGCCCACCUCCCGUUUCCUCCAGAUCCCUCCGGUGAAGUCUAAUCUUUUUUUUUGAGUCUAUUUUAAGUCAAACCACUUCUUUUUAACCUCUGCGGUGGUGCGUUUCUCCGUGGAAACGGCAUUUAUGUUUCCUGCAAUGGUGCUCCAUGCCGACUCUUUUUGGAUGGCCUGAUGACCGGUGGAUACACGUGAAAAUAAGGUGGUCUUGUGUUCGCUCACUCCUUGUAAAAGCACCUCUAUUUCAGUAGAAUUGAAGUUUUUCUUUCGUUUGUUGUCCAGCUGCUUCUCAGUCUUGCCCUUGCGCGUUGCCAUCUCCGCCUCCAGCUGCCUGUUGCGCACGGCACAUUUUUGACCUUAUAUAGGAAAUAAUAGGCGGUGACCUAUGCAAAUUAGGCCUCACAUGCACGGGCAUCCCCGUUGGCAUUCAUCAACCUAAGAACACCGGUGCGAACGAUUAUCCCUACUUAAGAACGUGUCGUGAAUGUGGCGCAGUUUCCAACCCGCGCCUUCUUAAGUACACUUCUUAAGAAGACUUUUAAGAAGAUGUUCGUGAAUGAGGCCCAAUGUUCUCUAAUGUUGUUUCCACGUCAACAGGUUCUUAUUAAUCCAGAAUACGUCCUUGUCCUGAUAACGUUUGUAUAACUAUGCUUCUGUCCUGUCCUUCGGGGGGGUGGGGCACUUGCGGCAGACUCCCAAAAGUCUGUUUCAAUCUCCUCUCCUUCUGCAGAAUAAAUAUGAUAAAAGACAAAUUUGUCGGUUA